AUGCCCCGUCUCCCCCUAGCCCUUGCCCUGCCGCACGCGGACGCUGCAACGAGCAGCACAUGGGGGUCCCUGACUUGGCUGAAGGCUCUGGAUGCUCAAGUGCUAGAAUCACUCAUUAAUGGUCCAGAUGAUGGCAUUAAUACAAACCUCUUGACAGUGAAAGCAAACCCGAAUAACCAGAUAGAAGAAAUCUUUCCAGAGGAGCUUGCUCGUCUUCACAGACUAGAAACUCUCAAUCUGCAAAACAACAGGCUUACUUCAAAAGGGCUGCCAGAAGAAGCGUUUGAACAUCUGGAGAACCUGAAUUACCUGUACCUGGCAAACAAUAAGCUUACAGUGGCUCCGAGAUUCCUACCACACACCUUGAUCAGUGCAGAUUUUGCAGCCAAUUAUCUCACUAAGAUAUACGGGCUCACAUUUGGACAGAAACCAAACUUGAGAUCUGUGUAUCUUCAUAACAACAAACUUUCAGAUGCUGGGUUACCUGAUAAUAUGUUCAAUGGCUCUAAUAAUGUGGAGAUACUCAUCAUGUCCAGCAAUUUCCUGAAAUAUGUUCCAAAGAAUCUCCCUCCAGCACUCUAUAAAUUACACUUAAAGAACAACAAGCUAGAGAAGAUUCCAAAAGGAGCCUUCAGUGAGCUUACAGGUCUGCGGGAGCUGUAUUUACAGAAUAACUACUUGACUAAUGAAGGAAUGGACAAUGAAACUUUCUGGAAAUUGUCUAGUCUUGAAUAUCUGGAUUUGUCCAGCAAUAACCUCUCACAAAUCCCAAGUGGUUUACCUCGAAACAUCGUACUCCUCCACCUGGAGAAGAAUGCAAUUAAGAUGAUUGGCAGAGAUGUCUUAACCCAAAUUAAGAACCUUGAGUACCUUCUGCUCCACAAUAACAAAUUAAAAGCCCGAGGGAUUCACCCGUUAGCCUUCCAGGGCUUAAAGAAGCUGCACACUGUCCACCUGUACAACAACAUGCUGGAGAGGAUUCCUGGUGGGCUGCCCCGGCGAGUGAAAACACUUAUGAUCCUUCAUAACCAGAUCUCUGAGAUUAACAGGAAUGACUUUGCUACCACUUACUUUCUUGAAGAGCUGAACCUGAGCUACAAUAAGCUCAAAAGUCCCCAGAUCCAUCGGGAGGCCUUCCGUAAACUGAGGCAGCUAAAGUCCUUGGAUCUUUCUGGGAACAAUCUCCACACAGUGCCCUUCGGCUUUCCAAAGAACUUGCAGAUUCUGAAGCUGAAGGAGAACGAGAUAAGCGUCAUCCCAAAAGGGACUUUGUCUGGGAUGACAAAACUGCGAGAACUGUAUUUGAGCAACAAUAAACUGAAAGUAAAUUCCAUUUAUUCAAGAGCAUGGAGAGAACUCAGCAGUCUCCAGUCAUUAGACAUGGCUGGCAAUCAGCUAACUUCUAUCCCAUCAGGCCUGCCAGAAUCGCUAGAAUACCUGUAUCUUCAGAACAACAAGAUCACAACGGUUUCAGAGAGUGCUUUUGAAUCCACACCCAACAUAAAAGGAAUUUACCUCAGGUUUAAUAAGAUUGCAAUUGGAGCACUGAAGGAACGUAUCUUCCAAAGCCUGAAGCACUUACAGGUACUGGAUAUUGAAGGGAACUUGGAAUUAAGUAACACUUCAAAGAAUAAGGAUGAUUCAGAAGAGGAAAUGGAAGAUGAGGAAGUGGAAGAAGAACCGAGAUAAAAUGUGAACUCCCACAAGCACAUCACAUGGAAGGAAAGCAUAUGGAAAAUUACAUAUAUUUCUGUGUGUAUAUAUCUAUAUAGAUAUACAGAGAACACUUAGCAAAAUGUGCAAUGAAUUACACGGAAACUGUCAUGGCGCUGUUCCAGGCUCAUGGAAGACAGCAUGUUAACAGUGCCUUAUUCAGGGAGAGACCCUGAAUGCCUUUCCAAAGCUUCCACACCAUCUUGCUCAAGACCCAGGAUCAUAAGGGAUUGCUCUGGAACUCACAAAAGCUGGCUUUUGUUUCUUCUGUUUCUCUUCCUUCGCUGUUACCAUCUGUAAUAACAAUAUGGGGCUGUUUUGAACACAUGCCUUCAAAUGCUGUCUUUGUCACUCCAUUUUAAGUGAACCAUGUAUAUGCUUCUUUUCUUUUCUGCCAAUCCAAAGAAGCUGUUAUUGAUCAGACAAGAUGGAUGUUUGCGGUAGUUUCAUGUAUGGAGCAGUAUAUGAGGCGUUUUGGUCAUCAAGCAGCAGUAACAACCACCACUGUGGAUGAAUCCAUUCCUCUGUUAGAACAAUGUGUAUAUUUGGAUGAGAAAAACAAAGUAAGGCUGGAUCCCAUAAUAUUUUAUUCCUACUGCCAAAGCUUGCAGUAUAGGCCUAUUUUAGAAAGGUUUUAAGAUAAAACAAUUGUUCUUGUGAAUAUAUAAAAAGAACUAUAUGUCUGCCUUCCA